AUGGCUGGUGUCCUAGCUCUGUUCAUAGUUGAUGAGCUUCUAAAUGGAGAAUCAAUGGAUGCCGGUAGAGCGACCGGAAAUAUUCUUGGUGUCUUCUUCGGCAUCCUAGCUGUCGAAUACACCUUUUUGUAUCCUAAUUUCAUCGGCGCCUUGUCAAGAACGACGCUCAAAUACAACCGUGGCAUAUUCCACUUGGAACCUUACUCUACCGAGAGGACCCCCCAAUCUACUGGCCCGGAAAAGAGUUCUACAGACAGUCCGACCAACUACCUCAAGAAAUCCCCCUUAAAGGAUAUUCCGCUGAGCGAUCCUACGCCUAUUGCUGAGGGGCUGAGCCACAACAGCAACGAAGGUUUGUAUACAUCGAUUGAUAUAGACAACGACUUGCAUGAUGCUUCCAAAGCGCUCCCUUCCUGUCAGCUCUCCAUGCCGAAUGACCGGGGAGAUCUUGUUGCUCAUGUCAUCCCCAAGAAGCCCGAGCCGGAGGAGCGAUUUUUGGAGCCUGUUCGUCAUCUGCCAUCCAACUCGCCAAAAAAUACUACAAAUUGGACCACAUUUUUGCUUCUUCAAGAUGUCAGCCGUGAUGUUGUCACACAAAAGAGUAAGCCAAAGUCAGAAGAACUUGUCUCCUUCACUCACUCUUUACUGCAGAUUUUGGUACAGUAG